AUGAAUUUUACCCGUUUUGCAGAGCAAAAGCGUGGUAAGCGCCAGACAGGCCGGGAGAUGAAACUACGCAUCCUGUCUGAGCGUAAAAAGCCUCUGAACAUCGACCACAUGGGAGAAGACCAACUCCGGGAGAAGGCCCAGGAGCUGUCGGACUGGAUCCACCAGCUGGAGUCCGAGAAGUUUGACCUUAUGGCGAAGCUGAAGCAGCAGAAGUAUGAGAUCAAUGUGCUGUACAACCGCAUCAGCCACGCCCAGAAGUUGUAA